AGCACUACACUCGGUGAACGAUGGCUUCGCAGAAUGGGCGCGAAUCGAAGGAUGGACUCUCCCAAGGUGCUUCCUCGGCGAAUGGAGGUGCACUGCAACAUGGCCAGCAGCAGCAGCAGGAGCAUUCGUGUGAAAUUUGCGGCAUGUCAGGACUGUCGGAUGAUGCGAUGCGUGACCAUACCCGCCAAUACCACGUGGAGGGAAGUGCACAGUGUCCAUUCUGUGGGCUGUCAGGGGUACCGGCCGCCGAACUACUGCUCCACGUGAACCAGGCACACCUGGACUACCUAACGCCGGAGAAUGAGCUGAUGAGCUUCAUCGAUGAUCAGACGCCAAGCUUUUGCAGUGUCGAUGGUGAUUCGGACUCCAUAUCGGAUUGUCGCGGUUUGUCACCCUCGAUUACGUCCGAGCUGCUGACACCGAUGUCUGGAUCCGGUGGAAUGAAGGUGGGUUUUAACGGUAGCAGCAGUACCACCACCAUCACGACCACCAAUAUUAGUAGCAGCAACCACACCGGUAUGAUGUUGUCUAGUGCCAGUGGUGGAAGUUUCACGACCGUUUCGUCCAACAUCGGUAGCCACAACCAUCAUCAACCUGGCUCCGCUUCUCAUCAACCCGCGGGACCGGAGCGACCGCAACAAAAUGGCACCGCAGCGAUGCUUUUGGGAAGUCGGAUGACCGGAAGCUCCUCAACGGCUGCCAGUAGCAGUAGCAUGAGUAGUAGCCGAUCUAGCUUGGGAAGUAGUAGCACCAAUCUUAGCAACGGACAUAGUUCGAACGGGAAAGCCAACAGCCAGCAUUAUCACUUCCCCGAUGUGACGAUGGCAGCCAGUUCUGGUGGUGUUGGUGAACCACCACACACAAAUGGUACGGGCGGAAGUAAAGACGGAUCAGGUGGUCCGCUGAUGAAUGGAGGUGGUGCUGGAUGUACAACACCAGCUGGUGCUGGAGCUGGUGGGCAAGGUUCACCGCUGCGAUCACAGCUAGGCUUAAAACUGAAGUCACACAAACCAAAUUCGUUCAGCAUUACAGCGAGCGGCGGAUCGGAAGUAACGAAUGGACCCGCCGGACCUGGUGGCCCAACUACCAUGACAAUUACAACGACAGCUACAACGAUCACAACGAAGCAAGCGAGUCCACUGCAAUGUCUCCUUUGCCCAUACACUUCCGACAAUCCAUCGGUCCUGGAGGAACACAUCAACCGGUCACACUUUGAUCCUUUGAGCCCGGGUGUGAAUGGCGCAGGUGGAGCGGGUGCCGCCGGAGCGGCUGGAGGUGCAGGCGGUAGUGGACAGCACGUGGACACGCUCAGCGUUCUACAGUGUCCGAUCUGCAACCGAACGUUUGAGUCAGGUUCGGACCUAGAGCUACACGUGAACAUCGAACAUCGGGAUAUUCUUAGCCCAGCGAAAGCGGACAGUGGACGGGCUACGAACGGCACACCGGUGUCGGGUGCAGCCGCCCACAAUGGUAGUAGCUACGGCGGUAGCAGUAGUAGCCUCUGUCCGGUCUGUGGCAUAUCGUUCGAUCACAUGAAAACGCAAGACAUGGAGUACCACAUCGAGAAACACUUUUCCAAGAGUCCACAAAAUCCAGGAUUCCAGGGUGGUGCAGUUGGUGGGGGAGCCGGUGGCGGUGUUGCCGGUGGUAAUAACCAUUCAGCCGUAGCAGUGGAUCUGGAAAAGCAGGCGCAAAAGUUGCGUGAACAGCGUGAGUUUGAAAUGCUGCGCGCUCAGUACGGUAUGGACGAUCAGGGCAACUUCCGGGAGCAGUCGGCAGCCGCGAUGCAGCGUGCAGUGUAUGCGGGUGAGAUGAGUGUGGCGGAUUACUACGAGCGACAGGUUGGGUUGCGUGCGGCCGAGUCACAUGGUGUAGAUGAUGGUUCGUCUUGUACGAAAUCGGUAUCGCCACGUGUUUUGUCGCUGUCGUCCUCCUCGCCGAACGUGAUCAAAACGUACGUGUGUUCGAGUGUGGAUCACUACGCGUCAAGCUAUGGUGAUAAGGGAUGGGGUUGCGGGUAUCGAAAUUUGCAAAUGAUGCUGUCGUCCCUGCUGCAGAACACAUCGUACAACGAAGCACUUUACUCGGCUUGGGGUUCACAUGGACCAGCCCGAACCGCUAUGCCCAGCAUUUCUCGCCUGCAACGCAUGGUAGAAGCUGCCUGGGCGCAAGGUUUCGAUAUACAAGGCUCGGAGCAACUGGGCUGUAAGCUUUAUAACACUCGGAAGUGGAUCGGUGCCACGGAAAUCGUGACCGUGCUGUCCUGGCUGCGUAUCCGCUGUGAAUUGGUUGAUUUCCAUCGACCCACCUCAUCCGACGGUCGCCAUCCGGAGCUGUUUAAUUGGGUGUUACGCUACUUUGAGGAACCGCGCAUACACACUCCUCCACUGUACCUGCAGCACCAAGGUCACUCACGCACAAUAAUAGGUAUCGAACAGCGAACGUCCGGUUUGUCGCUACUGGUACUGGAUCCAAGCCACGGGCCGCGGCAAGUAGCAGCCCUAGGCUCGUCGCAGGAUUCGUUGCGCUUGAUUCGCAAAAAUUCUGCUGCAAUGCGUGCUCCCCAAUACCAGGUUGUGGCAGUAAAGGGACUGAUCGAUACCGAGGAUCAGUAUCAGGCUAGCAAAGUGUUGAAAUCGUUACGAAUUCCCCCUGACCGUUGACGAGCUCCGCUGUGCUACCGGUCGGUUCGUCCUACAGUAUCAGCAAUACCAUGUUUUAACUUCAAACACCUCCGCUACAAUAAUAAUGUCUACCUUCAAAAGGAACCGCACGC